ACAAGGUGCAUUGGCACUUUGGGGUCCCCAUUUGGGGUGCAGGGAUGCUCUCCUCAGGAGCAGUGUGAACCAGACUGGCACAUACUUAGUCUUCAAAUUAACCAAGGUUUGGGUUGCGGAUUCAGUGCAGUGCAGCUCGGAGCUGCUGAAGGAGGUCUGGGAAGACCUUAAGCUGUGGAGGGAGCUUGGCACCAGGGCAGGCACUGGCCAUUGCUGUGGCCACUCUGGAGCUUCUUCCCUGGCACUCAAUGCUGGACACUCACCUCAGAAGCCACACGACCAGCAGGACCAGCCUGUCUGAAAUGCCUCUCACAAUGAAUGAUGGCCACAUGCUUCAGAUCCAUUUGUGAAACAUAACCAGCCUGCUGUACGACCAUUUCUGAUGUGACUGAAAAUGAAAAUCCUGAUGACAGCACUUCAAACAGAACUGCUGCAAAUCUCUAUAAGUGGUUUUAAUGAAACCAGCCAGGAAGAAGGAGAGCAAAUCAAAGUUGUCCUGCUGGACUCAAAGGAAUCGCAGGCGGAGCUGGGAUGGACCUCACACCCAUCGAACGGGUGGGAAGAGAUCAGUGGCGUGGAUGAAACCUACAAGCCAAUACGCACAUACCAGGUCUGCAACGUCAUGGAGCCGAACCAGAACAACUGGCUGCAGACAGGCUGGAUCGCCAGGCGUGACGGUCAGAGGAUCUUCAUUGAGCUGAAGUUCACCCUGAGGGACUGCAACAGCAUCCCUGGUGUGACGAGCACUUGCAAGGAGACUUUCAACUUGUACUAUGUUGAAUCUGACUCUGACUUGGGCCAGAGUGUCCGUGAGAGCAAGCACACCAAGAUCGACACCAUUGCUGCUGAUGAGAGCUUCACCCAGGGGGACCUGGGCGAGCGCAAGAUGAAGCUGAACACUGAGCUGAGGGAGAUUGGGCACCUGAGCAAGAGAGGCUUCCACCUGGUCUUUCAGGACGUAGGCGCCUGUGUGGCGCUGGUCUCCGUGCGGGUCUAUUACAAGAAGUGUCUCACCACUGUGCAGAACUUGGCCAUGUUCCCAGACACAGUGGCGGAGACGGCCUUUGUGACGUUGGUGGAAGUUAAGGGCACUUGUGUCGCUCAUGCUGAAGUGGAUGUGGAUAAUCCCCCCCGGAUGCAUUGCAGCGCAGAGGGCGAGUGGCUGGUCCCCAUAGGGAAAUGCAUGUGCGGCCCUGGCUUUGAGGAGAAGGACGGGGGAUGCAGAGGUAUCCAUCCCACUAAUGAACCUGGGGCUGGGACCACUUCUAUCUCGCUUUCAAAGGCAGCUUGCCUUCCAGGGUUUUACAAGCUCUCCCUCCGUCUCCCUCUCUGCUCUCCAUGCCCUGAGCACAGCUUCACACAUGAAGAAGCCUCCACGUUCUGUUUGUGCCAGAAGAAUUACUCCAGGUCUCCUUCAGACCCACCAUCUGCCUCCUGCACACGUCCACCCUCUGCCCCAAGGAACCUGGUCUACAGCCUGCGGCAGUCGUCACUGGUGCUGGAGUGGAGUGCCCCUGCCGACGCAGGUGGCCGCAGCGACCUGACCUACAGCCUGUGGUGUGGCCGGUGCCCGGCGGCGCUGCGGGGCCGCUGUGAGCAGUGCGGCAGCAGCGUGGGCUUUGUGCCUCAGCAGACGGGGCUGGUGGACCGCACCGUCACCCUGGUGAACCUGCUGCCUCACGUCAACUACACCAUCCGCGUGGCGGCCCUCAACGGCGUCUCAGCCAUGAGCCCACUGUCAGGCCAGCAGUAUGCCGAGGUCAACGUCUCCACCAGCCGUGCAGUGCCAACUCCUGUCACUGACAUCCGCAUGGAUAAAGUGGAGCAGAAGAGCGUCUCCUUGUCGUGGCAGGAGCCAGGCCUCCUGACUCCCAAUGGCACCGAGUACGAGGUCAAGUACUUUGAGAAGGAUCAGAGAGAUCAGAGUUACUCAACUGUGAAAACCACAUCAACGGCCGUGACGGUCAAUAACCUGAAGCCUGGUACCCUCUAUAUUUUCCAAAUACGAACAUCUUCGUCUCCAGACUACGGGAACUACAACCCUGGCAUUGAAGUGGAGACACUGGCAGAGUUGACAGUGGCCUCCAGUGAGCAGAAGCCUGUCCUCAUCAUCGCAGUGGUGGCCAUUGCGGGGCUGACAGUGCUGGUGUCCAUGGUGAUUGGUGUGAUGGUCUGGAAGAGGCAGUGUGGGUACAGCAAAGCCAGCCAGGAUGGGGACGAGGAACUGUACUUCCACUUUAAAAUACCAACCAGGAGGACAUACAUCGACCCCGACACCUGUGAAGACCCCAUGCAGGCUGUGCACCUCUUUGCCAAGGAGCUGGAUAAUGCCAGCAUCAAAAUAGAGAGGAUUAUCAGGACAGGAGAAUUUGGGGAGAUCUGCCGGGGGUGCCUGAAGCUGCCCAGCAAGCGCGAGCUGCCGGUGGCCAUCCAGACGCUGCGGGCAGGCUGCUCGGAGAAGCAGCAGCGCUCCUUUCUGGCUGAGGCCUGCACCAUGGGCCAGUUUGACCACUCCAAUGUCAUCCGCCUGGAGGGGGUCAUCACCAGAGGGAGCACCAUGAUGAUAGUGAUGGAGUACAUGGGGAACGGCCUGCUGGACUCCUUUCUCAGAAAACACGAGGGGCAGUUCACAGUCACCCAGCUCAUCUUCAUGCUGCAGGGCAUAGCCUCUGGCAUGGCGUACCUGGCAGAGAUGGGCUACGUACAUAAAAGCCUUGCUGCCCACAAAGUCCUUGUGAGCACCAGCCUGGCAUGCAAGAUCACUGGGUUCAGACGUCCAAAGGAAGACAAGAUGGAAACCAUCUUCUCCACCAUGGGUGGGAAGAGCCUGGUGCUGUGGUCAGCCCCUGAGGCCAUCCAGUAUCACCACUUCAGUCCUGCCAGUGACGUGUGGAGCUUCGGAAUCGUCAUGUGGGAGGUCAUGUCCUAUGGCGAGAGACCCUACUGGGACAUGUCCCACCAGGAUGUGAUGAAGGCUGUGGAGGAUGGGUUCCGCCUGCCUGCCCCGGCAAACUGCCAGCCACUCCUCCACCAACUGAUGCUCAACUGCUGGCAGAAGGACCGCAGCCAGCGGCCCAAGUUCUCGCAAAUCCACAAUGUCCUGAGCAAGUUGGUGCAGAGCCUGGAGCCCCCGAAGUGCCCCAGCUCCACAUGUCCCAGCUCCAUGUGCCCCAGGUCCCAUGGCAUGUCCAUCCCCCUCUCCGAGAGAACCUUCUCAGCCUUCCCAUCUUUUAGCUCUGUGGGUGAGUGGCUGGAAGCAAUAGAAAUGGGCAGGUACAAGGACAACUUCACUGCUGCAGGCUACUGCUACCUGGAGUCGGUGGCCAGGAUGACGGCCCAAGACAUCCUCAGCCUGGGGAUCACGCUGGCAGAACACCAGAAGACCAUCCUGAGUGGGAUCCAGACCCUCCGGGCCCAGGUCAUCCAGAUGCAUGGCCGAGGCGUGCAGGUGUGAAGCAAUGUCCUGCGAAGGUGCAGAGCACCGGCCCAGCACUCCCGGUGAGGAGCGGCCCGCUGGCCCCAACCAGCCCCAUCUCUGAAGCCUGGUGGUCUCAGAUGGGCUGUGGGAAUAGCUGGGUGCUGCCAAACACGUGGCAAGAAAGCAGGGCUUCUGUCCCCUGUGCCGGGGCAGCCCAGGAUUCCUGGGAUGGUGCAGCGUGCCUGGGUGGACAUGGCUCUCCCCAGCACUGUUUUGUAAGAUGAGUCAAACUGUAUUGAUGCCAUUUCAUGUGGUAGUUGAGUUCACAGGGUGGGAUGGACCUUUUUGCACUGUCUUAAUCCAGAGCCAACAUUUCUGUAUCUAGCAUUCUGCUGGUGAAUCCUUGGGUACUUUUAUGCAACCUGACAGAUCACAGCAACCCCACAAGGAGUUUUUAUUGCUUUUAUAUUUAGAGAGCAGAUCUCACCCAAUGCCCAACUCCUGGAAGGUGACUUUCCCCAUCUGUGCUGAAGGAAACCCUUUCCAGUCGCAUCCCUUCUGCACCGUGAAUUACUUUGCCAAGUGUUGACACCUCAGUUGGUGAACAAAACUAAAUAUUCUCCAGUAAAGUGUGGAGGAAAUGGUGCUGCAUCCAUGCAACCCAGGGCACACCCGCACUUUGUUUUGUGAGCAUGGUGCUGCCUGCCUGGCAUGCCGGCAGCUCCCAUAGCUGCAGCCUGAUCCCUGAGAAGACAUAAAUAGCAUCUUAAUAAUACAACUUUCCUGGAAGUUAGUUAAUUAAGUGGGUCUUUGCAGCUCUGUGUGGAGUUUUGUAAGGCUUUUAUUAUGAUCUGUAAGUAUCUCAAGUGAGUUAUUAAAGCUGAAAGGCAAAGAUUUACAUAGGGGAUGAAGGCUGUGGGAGAUGCUCAGAAUCUGGUUGGAACUCUGCUCCAGUCAGACCCUCCUGUUAGUCUGCUCCAAGAGGAUUAGGAUCUGAAUGAGGAUUGAGUGAAGGGCCCCCUUGGGCUGGCAUGGUGACCACUCUGCCCAGGUGAGUGCUGCAUAUGCUCUGGGGAGUUUGUUGCUCUCUGGGGAAAACGAGAUCUCUCCUUCCUGCCCCCUCUGCAGUUCAAGCUAUGCUCCCUCCCCAAUGUCUCUUGGUUAGUAUUUUUAGCAGAAAUAAAUUCUCUAAGUUUGGCCCAUGUCCAGGCAGGUUGGUCACUUGCCAUCCCGCUGUUUCCCACCCUGAAGAGGAAUAGCAGUGAACCGAGCCCUGCAUUUAGUGAAAUGCCUGAUCCCAAGGAUCAAGUGCAGUUUGUGUACUCUCUGUGUUUACAUUUUAUCUCUAGAGAAAGUAUAUUACAGGUCUCUAGGCAGGGGGUUGAACUAGCUUGAUUCUGGAUCUUCUCUCCCCUCUCCCUGAUCGUACUGUCUGUUGGGAUGCAGGAGCCAUGCUGGGAAGUUGCUACUAGAGGAGCUGGCUCCAGGCUGGUUCAUCUGCUCUCAAGGAGGUCUGGAGACAUCUAGGGCUUGGUGAUGAGAUGACAAUGUGCCUCAGUUUGGAACACAGACCUGGCCAUGAGCAGGCAGCAACAUGUUCCCUUGAGUCCCCCAGAACAGACCCUGUCUCCAAAAUAAGGAAUGUGACAAGGCGCUGGCUCUGGGUGCCACUUGUGGCCACUGGAAUCUGCUCCUCUGUCCCUCUGGAUGUUGCCCAGCUGAAAAGGGAUAAACCUUAACACAGUUAUCUAUGGUCAUGGCUGUUUCCCUGGGCUGUGGUGGCUGGUAGCUGGCCAGGGGCUGUUGCUCCUGUGUGAAGUAGCUGUGGCUGUGUGGAGGGGUCCCACAGGAGCUGAGCUCUGGGAUGGUCUCCAACUCAGCAGAAAUGGGAGUCAUCAGCUUUCCUGGUCUCUCUUUCAAGAAAGGAAAGGAAAGCCCCCCAUGGAAGCAGCCUUCUAGCCCAGCUUUUUGCAACAAUAAACACUUUUAAUUGAUCUCCUCACCAAUAUGAGAUAACAAACUUUGUAGAUUAAACUAUAGGUUGUUCUUACGAUAUUAAAAUUAACUUGCAUCCUCUCAGCUUCUCUCCUUGGGGAAGUAGUAUAAUUAAAUUAAUCAGCAAUGCUGUUUUGGAUCUGCAAGGGAAAUGCCUCAAAAUGACCCUGGUCUCUUCCCAUCCAGCCUCUGAAAUGUCAUGAGGCUUUUGCCUCCUCCAAGGGCCGGGAGAGCCCCAGUCCUGUUGGAGCAGCAUCUGCAACACUCCCCUCACAAGAAAUCAAGUGGGAAUCAAAUUGGUUCAUCUCCAGAUGCUUUUAUAUUCAUUAGCCACAUGUUAAGUACUGUAAAUACACACUUGAGGAGUCAAUAUAUAUUUUUAUAAGCUUGAGACAAAUGUAAUAUUAUAAGGGACUCUGUGUGCAUCUCAUGUUUGAACUAUAGUCAAACAUCUCCAGGGAAUCAGUUGGUUUGGAAUAUUUAAUAAUUAUAAUAAUAAUAGUUAUUAUAAAUGCUAAUAAAAUUUAUUGACAUUUUUGUUAAUUUUGUAUUUAUUGAACUACAGUUGAAGCUGGCAAUAAAGAGAUAAGUAAAUAUCUGAGUAAAACCAA